AAAAAAGUCUCGAUUUGUGAUUUUUAGUUAUUUUUAAGUAAAACAUUAAAAAAUGCGUUUAAAAUUAGUGCUACUUCCUAUUUUUUUAAACACUUUAAUCCAUGUGAUAUACAGCCAAGAUUGUACUGACCUGGGUGUUAAAAAAUCCUGUAACAAAAAUGAAAACUGUUUAGAUUGUAUGAAAGAACAUGAAUGUUGUAACUGGUGUUUAUAUGGACAAUUUAAUACGGGCUAUAGUUGCGACACUUUGACUGAUUCAUGUAAUGGAACCAUUACACUAAAUAGCCCCACACAAAUUACAGAUCAUAGUAAUGAAACAUUUUCCCAGGAGUAUAAAGGCGAUGAAACCAAUCAAAUAGUGCCAAAAAAAUUUAAUUUGACACUUCGAAUAAAUAAACCUUUAAACAUAAGUUUUUACUACAAACCUGUUCAAAAAUAUCCCCUGAACUUAUAUUAUUUGGUCGAUAUUAGCUAUACCAUGAAAGACCAUAUAGAGGACCUUAAAAAGUUGGGAGACGAUCUUAAAGAGUUAAACUUCACCAAUGACUACCAAGUGGGUUUGGGGUCAUUUAUGGACAAACCUUUGAUGCCUUUCUACAGAACAGGGCUAAAUUACGAAAACAACCCCUGUUAUCGCAGUGAAGCCGGGUCUUGCGCGAAAGGUUACCUCUUCAAACAUGUUUUGAACUUCACCGACAAAAUGCAAGAUUUUACCACAGAGGUUCACAAACUGUAUACUUCAGCCAAUUUGGACGAUGUAGAUGGCGCCUCUUCAGCGUUGAUGCAGAUCCUGAACUGCCAGGAUGAGUUUAAAUGGAGAGGGGCUUCAAGAAAACAAAUUUUGAUUGCUACCAGUAGCUUGAUGCACUGGGCUGGCGAUGGUCUGUUGAGCGGGUCUGUUAAGAGCCAUCCGAUGAAAUGUUUGAGUGAAGAAAAUUUAACUUCCAGCAUUUACGAUUACCCCUCUUUGGGGGAUAUUAUAUCCGAGCUUAAAGAUCAUAAGACCAACUUGAUCAUAGCCACGAAACCGGAUACAAGAGCAUACUACAACAAAUUUAGGGAAGUUCUGGGCCAAAAUUGCUUCGUAGGGGAAUUGAAGACGAACGAUACGAAAAAUAUAAUGAAGCUAUUGGAGGAUGGUUACAACCAAUUCAUCAAAUCGGCCGAAUUUUUUGCAAACCACACCCGCCAAGAAUUUUUGAGCGUUGAAUUUUACAACAACUGUUCGGGGGUUUUCAACAAGUCGGCCACAUGCGAUGACGUUGAUGGAAGCACUCCUAUAGAAGUUAUUGCGGAGUUCAAGUUGAUAGGUGAACCACCACAAGGCCUUGAAGAGGAUGAAAUACUGAUUGAGGAAAGAAGCAUAGAAGAACAAAUUAACAUUCAUGUGGAGUAUAAAGGAUUUAAUUGUAUUUGUAACGAUGUUCCCGAAACUAUGACAAAACGAAGCGUUGUGACUUGCAUUCAUGGAAAAAAGGAUUGCGAUGGGUGCCAGUGCGACCCAGGAUGGACUGGGUUAGAUUGUAGCAAAACGUGUCUGGACUCUUUUGAAACCUGUCGAGCUAAUAAUAGUUUAACCUGCAGUCAUAAUGGGGAUUGUAUAUGUGGGAGAUGUAAAUGUCAAAAUAAAUAUUCUGGAGAGUUUUGCCAAUAUAGAUGUCCAAUUGCCAACGAUAGAGUUUGUAAUGGUCAACUAUGUAUGGAUGGCAAUUGCAUAUGCAACAAAGACUUUACUGGCGAAUUGUGCGACUGUCCAAUUUCCAAAAUAAACUGCCAACUCCUCGGUAAAGCUUGUUUGGACAAUGGAGCUUGUGUUUGUAACCAGUGCGAAUGUAACGAAGGAUUCACCGGAAAAUUUUGUAACAUCGAUAAAACCACGAACACCGAUGUAAUUUGCGAUAAUUUGGAAAGCUGCGUUUUGGAAAAAUACAACGAAGAAAACUCGGAAAAGCCAUGCACAACAACAGUAAUAGUAAAAAGUGUGAAUACCAACGAUGAUAUGGAUUGUUCCACAAUCUACGAGAAAAAGGGCAAAAUUUGCACAAUAAAUUUCGAGUUUUCGAUGAAGGAAAAUACUGUUUACCACACAGAACCGAACUGCAACGUAAAAAGCCAAGCGCGCGCCUAUAUUUAUGGAGGUAUAGGCGUUCUUGUACCGAUUUUGGCAGUUUUUCUAGGCUUAAUAAUAUGGAAAAGUUAUGUAACAAGAAAGGACCGCAUUGAAUAUGAGGCCUUCAUAAAAGAGCAAUCAUUUAGCGAGCACCAUAAUAACCCUUUAUACAAAAAUCCUGUUACGCAGUAUGAAAAUCCUCUAUUGGGCCAAAAAAACAAAUAAUUUUUAUCAAAAUCGCUUGAUAAUGAAAAAGUUGGUCGCCAAAAUAUCAAAAUCGAAGUUGUGUUGUUUACUCUCAAUUUUUAUGCUUUGACUGUUUUUUAUGCCAAUAUAUUGUUUUAUAUGUACAAAAUACAAUGUUUUAUUAUAAA